AUCAGACUGAAUGCUGCCUCGCGUCCGCCAUCCAGGACGCGGUAGCAGCAUACCAAAAUGCUUCAAAACCAAACAUGAAGACUCCAGCAAGCGCUUUCUCAGCACCAAAAAAGAACCUCAAAAAGUCAUCUUCUCGGGAAUCCAACCGACCGGAGUCCCUCACUUAGGAAACUACCUAGGUGCACUGCACCAAUGGGUCCAACUCCAAAAUACUUCCCCUCCAUUCACAAAACUAAUAUACUCCCUCGUCGAUCUCCACGCCAUAACAAUCCGUCAAAACCCCUCCCAACUUCGAAAAUGGAGAAAAGAAUCCCUCGCAAUCCUGCUCGCCAUAGGUCUCGACCCAUCCCGAAGCAUAAUUUUCCAUCAAUCCGACGUUUCCGCGCACGCAGAAUUGAUGUGGAUUCUAUCCUGCCAGGCUUCGACGGGGUAUUUAGGGAGGAUGACGCAAUGGAAAGAGAAAAUUUCCAACGAUAAAGACGGAAAUGAGAGAUUGAAAUUGGGAUUAUUCUCCUACCCGGUUUUGCAAGCUGCAGAUGUGUUGGUUCAUCAAACGACACAUGUACCUGUCGGACAUGAUCAGGCGCAGCAUUUGGAAUUUGCGAGAGAGGUGGCGAGUGGGUUUAAUCAUGUGUAUGGAGCUGGGAUUUUGACACCGCCGGAGACGAUUAUCAGUCCGGCGAGGAGAGUCAUGUCGUUGGCGAAAGCUACGUCUAAGAUGUCCAAGUCGGAUCAGAAUUCGAAGUCGAGGAUUUUGCUGACGGAUUCUGGGGAGACGAUUCGAGCGAAGGUUAAAUCUGCGGUGACGGAUUCUGUGGAGGGAAUUUCGUAUGAUCCCGAGAACAGACCUGGGGUUGCGAAUUUGAUUGAUAUCAUGUUCUAUUCGAUGGGAAGUGAGGCUGGUGGUUCGCCGCAGGAUCUUGCGAGAGAGAUGGAAGGAAUGCAUUUGAAGGUCUUGAAGGAACGUACUGCUGAUGCUGUAGAUAAGCUGGUCGCGCCUGUGAGGGAGAGAUAUGCUGUGAUCAUCGAAGAUGAAAAGCUGCUUGAGGAGGUUGCUCAGAACGGCGCAGAGAAGGCUCGCGCUAGUGCAUUGCAGACUAUGGAAAAGGUGCGAAGGGCAAUCGGACUCGCAUGAGCCUGAUGCACAUUCUGUCUGACG